AUGAUAACUCGACCCGGAAUCAAUGAAGAUGUUAUCAGUAAUGCGAUAUUGGAGCUAAUUGUUUAUGUUGAUGAGGUAACUUGCCCUGCAAGUAUCGAGUACUCUCCUGGAUGUGCUUUGAAAGUUCGGUUGGAUCUUAUUCCUGAUUAUCUCGAUGAUGAUGAUGACACUGAGAUUCAAGAAGCUGCUCAAGUCUCGUUUGAUGAGACUAGCAGUAUCUGGUUUCGACCAGCUAGCAAGCUCGUUGUCAAGUCGCUAACCAGAAAAAUAUACAACAAGAAGAUUAAAAAGGAAAAGAAGAAGAUGGUUAGCUUGGAAGAGUGCAGGAUCUGUUUGCAAGACUUUAACAAUGGAGGAAUGGUUGUGACUUUAUCAUGUGGACAUGAGUUUGACGAUGAGUGUAUCGUAAAGUGGUUUGAGACCAGUCAUGUUUGUCCGUUGUGUCGUCUCGAGUUGCCAUGUCAAGAUGAACUAUAG